CACCUUCGAACAUUUUCCUCAGCUGAGGGAUUUCUUUUAACUCAAUUUUGUUGUUGUUAGUGUUAGGUGAUGAAUUCUUAAUGAUGAUGCCAACUCUGCCAUACAUAGCAGCUGCUAUGGCUUAAUUGCAAGUUUGGUCACUCGAAUUGCUACAAAAUUUCACGUUUGCCACUCAAAUUAAUUUAUUCCAGUUAUAGUCACUUAAAUUAGGUUAACAGUCCAAGUUUGGUCACUGGCCGUUAGUCAGUGGCGGAUCCAGGGGGUGGCCACCCCGGGCCCCGGCCCAGCCCUCCUCUGGAUCCGUAGUUAGUAUAGUCCUUAUGAAUUUUUCGAUUUUAGGUAUUCGGCUUAGUGUGAUUUUAUAAUAAAAUUGGGUAUAACUAGAAAAAUGAUUCAGAUGACCAUAUUCAAAUCACUACUCUAAAUUUAGCCUUUAAAUUUUAGCCCCAAAGAUUAUGCAUAUAAAAAAAAAACAACGAAACCUAAAAUUCUAAAAGUUUAAAACGUAAAAGAUUAAAAGAAAUAUGAGAUUUGUUCCCUUGAAAACUUACUAGAGCAGUUGGUGGAUGCAGGGAUUGACACACAAUGCCAAUUGAUUAGUCGAUUGAUUUGUCUAUUGUUAAUGUUGCUCGUUUCAACAGCUACUACGAAGAGAACCUUUUCAACAAUGAAAUAUGUGAGAACUGAUUUGCUCAACAAAAUGAGCGAUGAAUUUCUUGCCGAUUGCUCAAGUAUUUUAUUUGAAACAGUGUAUACUAUUGGUAUGGAUGUAGGCUCCAUUAUUGAUGCAUCACUAAAUUAAAAUACCGUCGUGUACAAUUUACAUUGGAAAAAACUAUAAUCAUUAUGUUUUUUUACUAUUCAAUUUUCUAAUGAAACUCGGCCCAGUGCUCUUCUGUGUUCUGGAUCCGCCGCUGCCGUUAGUCUCCGUUAACUUUUGCUGAUGUGGCGGUCAACUCUUAUAGUUGACCGUUAAAUGAGUGACGUGGCGAUUAAAAAAUUAAUAAAAUAAUUUAAUUUAAUUAUUUUUUAUUUUCCACCUAAUUAUUAUAAAAAUAAAAAAAACCUAAUUCCUUUUAAUUGUUAUUUUCCACCGCCCGUAGCUUUCUUUCCUGAAUUCCCAAAUCCCUUUCAAACCCUGAACCCUUCGAAACCCAAAAUUUCCUCGCCGCAAUUGGCGAAAAUGGCUUCCAUCUCCUCAAAGUUCCCGGCCAAAUCCCUAACCAAGUUGUUGACUUUCAGUCCGAAGAGCGGCAUCUCUCGCUCCCUAUCAGCCGCCCACUGCCGCAGCGCCUUCAGAGACCCGAACCCAGAAGCUGGAACGCAUCGCCGACGAUCUACUCGACCUCACGAAGCUCGAGCGCCACGACUACGCUGUCCAGCGAAGGCGAUAAAAGGGAAGAGGAGAUUGCCGAUGAAACUGAAGAGUCCGUUACCGGAAUCACCCUUGGAGACGGAAAUAUCGACGCCGUUCAUCGCUAAGAUGUCGAUUAGGUCAGGAUCGGCUGGGACGGUGACGGCGGCCCGCCGGCCGUCGACGGCGGUCAGCUGGAGGGUGGACCCGUCUUUGCUGAACCGAACCCGCUCCACUUUCCCCUUCUUCACCGCGUUCAGAAACUCGCUAUAUCGCCAUUGGGUUCCCUCGGGAAGGUCGGAGGCGACGGGUUGGCCGGCCGGGAGAGGUCGUCGACCUGAGGGGAGAGGAAUGGCUACGGGCGGUGGAAAAUAACAAUUAAAAGGAAUUAGGUUUUAUAUUUAUUUUUAUAAUAAUUAGGUGGAAAAUAAAAAAUAAUUAAAUUA